AAAAAAAUCUCCCUUUUUUUAAUUGGUUAACACUUAACACUGCCACACUGGGUCAAUCGCCCACAAACUUUGCCACUCCCUGACGAUCUCGAAGUCGGGAGUCACCCGCAGAGAAUCGUCAAACCGAUCUGCUGAGGGCAAAUACACAAUGGCUCCUCCAGAGGAUCAAGCGCAGCAAGUCAACGAUGAGUCAACUAUCCUAACUUCUUCUCCGGUCGAUAACCGCCCAAUAUCCACCAUCGUCAUCGUCAUCGCUAUGCAAACGGAGGCGACACCACUCGUCAACAAGUUCCAACUCGCCGAGGAUGUUGAUUCGCCGUUUCCAAAAGGAGUACCUUGGGUGAGGUAUUAUGGUAACUAUAAGGAUCUUAUAAUUAACAUUGUAUGUCCCGGAAAAGACUCAGUGUUGGGGGUUGACAGUGUAGGGACGGUUUCUGCAUCUCUUCUAACAUAUGCCUCUAUCCAAGCAUUAAAACCUGACCUCAUCAUAAAUGCAGGCACUGCGGGUGGGUUUAAGGCAAAGGGUGCUUCCAUCGGAGAUGUGUAUGUUGCAUCACAUGCGGCUUUCCAUGACAGAAGAAUACCUAUCCCAGUAUUUGAUUUAUAUGGCGUUGGCUUGCGGGAAGCUUUUCCUACUCCUAACCUCUUGAAGGAACUUAAUUUGAAGGUUGGGAAACUGUCUACUGGUGAUUCCUUAGAUAUAUCACCUAUUGAUGAAACCUCUAUAACUGCUAAUGAUGCAACUAUCAAAGACAUGGAGGGAGCAGCAGUGGCGUAUGUGUCCGAUCUUUUGAAGGUGCCUGCAAUUCUGUUGAAAGCUGUGACUGAUAUAGUGGAUGGUGACAAACCUACGGCUGAGGAGUUUUUGCAAAAUUUGGCGGCAGUAGCUGCUGCACUUGAUGAAGCUGCCACCCAAGUUGUUGAUUUCAUUAGUGGCAAGUCGUUCUGUGAGCUUUGAUUUGGUCCGAUGUUUUGAGUUAAUCAUCUGGUUUAUGAGUAAACCAUGGAAUUCCACUUAUUGUUACUCAACUUGUUCCUAAUCACAUUUCUUUACACAAACACAACAAUUGUAUGUAGAUUACUACGUGGUGUAUUAUGUAUUCCUAUGACAUUGGAGGUUUACUAUUCGCAAUUGUUUGUAUUUCCGGUUGCAUUUUCCUUUUUUGGUAGUGAAUGAAUGAAUCCUUUGUUUUUUUUAAAGAUUGUAAUAAAUAAAUAAAUAAAUAAAUAAAUCAACUUCAAAAAAAUAUUGUUUGAAC